AAUCCUCCGUUUUUUUGCAACCAUGCAUGGACCGACUGCGACUGCGGCUGCGAGUGCCCAGCAGCAUCAGCAGCACCAUCACAGCCAUCCGCACGCCGACCACCCGUCAGCGACAUCGACGUCGACGUCGACCAAGAUGCGUGUCGAGGAUGAGGAUGAGAUUGCAAUGGCCAAGCGACGCGGCGAGCAUGCGCAGCUCACCCGCCCAGUGUCGGAGCUCAAGGACAAGUGGCAGCUCGUGCCGGCAUUCCUCAAAGUCAAAGGCCUCGUCAAGCAGCACAUUGACUCGUUCAACUACUUUCUCAAUGUCGAAAUCCGAAAGAUUGUCCAGGCGAACGAUCGCAUCACGUCGGACGCAGACCCGACCUUCUACCUGCGCUACACGAACAUUCAGGUUGGCGCGCCCACCGCAGAAGAGUACUAUUCGUACGCAACCUCGCCUCCGAUCGCGCCGCAGCAGUGCCGACUUCGCGACAUGACCUACGCCGCCCCAAUCACGGUGAACGUCGAGUACAUGCGCGGCUCGCAAAAGAUUGUCCGCGACAACCUCUUUAUUGGCCGCAUGCCCAUCAUGCUGCGCAGUUCCAACUGCAUUCUGCAUGGAAAGUCUCGCGCCGAGCUGACCAAGCUCGGCGAGUGCCCCAACGACCCGGGCGGCUACUUUAUCAUCAAGGGCGUCGAAAAAGUCAUCCUCAUCCAGGAGCAGCUGUCGAAAAAUCGAAUGAUUAUCGAAAACGACCGCAAGGGCAUUCCUGGUGCGUCCGUGACGAGCUCCACCCAAGAGCGCAAGUCGCGCACCAACGUUGUGUGCAAGGCUGGUCGCUUCUACCUCAAGCACAACACGCUCUCGGAAGACAUCAACGUCGUCAUCCUGUUCAAGGCGCUGGGUGUUGAGACAGACCAGGAAAUCAUGCAAAUGAUUGGAUUUGAGGACAUGUACCAGCAGGCGAUCGCGGCCACCUUCGCCGAGAGCAUCGAGCACGGAAUCACCACGCAAAACCAAGCCCUUGACUUUGUCGGCUCGCGCGUCCGCCUCGCCAAGCGCGCCUGGGGUGGCGCGCGCAAGUCCAAAGUGGACGAGGCUCGCGAGCUGCUGGCCUCCAUCAUUCUCGCGCACGUCCCGGUGCACAAGUACAACUUCCGGCCCAAGAGCCUGUAUCUUGCCUUGAUGGUCCGCCGCGUUAUUCUUGCGCUGAACGAGGCGCUGCCCGUCGACGAUAAGGACUAUUACGGCAACAAGCGUCUCGAGUUGGCCGGACAACUGCUCGCGCUCUUGUUUGAGGAUGUCUUUAAAAAGUUUAACACGGAGCUCAAGAAGGUCACCGACCUCACCAUUCCAAAGCAGCGCGCCACUCAGUACGACGUCGUCAAAAAGUUCCGACCGCAAAUCAUCAGCGACGGUCUGACGCAUGCCAUCUCGACCGGCAACUGGACGGUCAAGCGCUUCAAGAUGGAUCGUGGCGGCGUCACCCAAGUGCUCUCGCGCCUGUCGUACAUUUCCGCGCUCGGCAUGAUGACGCGCAUCAGCUCGCAGUUCGAAAAGACCCGCAAGGUGUCUGGACCGCGCUCCUUGCAGCCCUCCCAGUGGGGUAUGCUGUGCCCGUCCGACACCCCUGAAGGCGAGGCCUGCGGCUUGGUCAAGAACUUGGCGCUCAUGACCCACAUCACGACCGACGACGAGGAGAGCAACAUUGCUCGCCUCGCGUUCAACUUUGGCGUGGAAGACAUUAAUGUGCUCUCUGCAGAGGACCUCACGCGGGACGAGUCCUACCUGGUGUUUUUGAAUGGUUUGCUUCUGGGCGUGACCAUCCAUCCAACCAUUCUUGUGCGAGCCUUCCGCAUGUUGCGCCGCGAUGGUCGCCUGUCACACUUCCUGUCCAUUUGCCCGAACGAUCGCCAACGGUGCGUCUACAUUGCCUCGGACGGUGGUCGCGUGUGUCGCCCGUACAUUAUUGUCGACAAGAACGGGCCCAAGGUCACCAACACGCACUUGGAGCGCUUGGCGCAAAAGGUCUUGCGUUUUGACGACUUUUUAAAGCUGGGUCUCAUCGAGUACCUCGAUGUCAACGAGGAGAAUGGCGCCAACAUUGCCAUGUACGAGAGCGAAAUCAAGCCGUACACGACCCAUCUGGAGAUUGAGCCCUUCACGAUUCUCGGUGUCUGUGCCGGCAUCAUUCCCUACCCGCACCACAACCAGUCGCCUCGUAACACGUACCAGUGCGCCAUGGGCAAGCAGGCGAUCGGCACUAUUGCGGCCAAUCAGUAUGUCCGCUUUGACACGCUGCUCUACACGCUGCUCUACCCGCAGCGCCCCAUGGUGCAGACGCGAACCAUCGAGCUGAUUGACUUUCACAACAUGCCCGCUGGUCAGAAUGCCUGCGUUGCCGUCAUGUCGUACUCUGGCUACGAUAUCGAAGAUGCGCUCAUUCUCAACCAAGCGUCGCUCGACCGAGGCUUUGGGCGCUGCAUGGUGUACCGCAAGCAAACCGUCAGCAUCAAGACCUACCCCAACAUGCUCGUGGAUCGCAUUGUUGCGCCCACGCGCAAUCGCGACGAUUCUUCACGUCUGGCCAAGUUUGAUGUGCUCGAUCAAGAAGGCAUCUGCCGCCCUGGCGAGCGCGUCGAAAACGGCAGCACACUCGUGCUCAAAGAGACUCCCGUCAACACCAGCAAUCCCAUCCAAGACCCCCACAACGCUGCAGUGCAGUACAAGCCUGCGUACGUCUCGUACAAGGGCCCCUGCGAGGGCGUCGUGGACAAGGUCUUGCUCACAAACAACUCUGAGGACAACCACUUGAUCAAAAUUCUCCUUCGCACCACGCGCCGACCCGAGGUGGGCGACAAGUUUAGUUCCCGACACGGUCAGAAGGGCGUUUGCGGCCUGAUUGUGCGACAGGAAGACAUGCCGUUCUCAGACAUUGGCAUCUGCCCCGACAUUAUCAUGAAUCCGCACGGUUUCCCGUCGCGCAUGACUGUCGGCAAGCUCAUGGAAUUCCUCUCGGGCAAGGCCGGCGCGCUCAUCGGCAAGUUCCACUACGGAACAGCGUUCGGCGGCGACAAGGUCGUGGAUAUGAGCAAAAUCCUCGUCGAGCACGGCUUCAACUAUGCCGGCAAGGACUUUGUCACCUCGGGCAUCACUGGCGAGCCGCUGUCCGCCUACAUUUUCUUCGGACCAGUGUACUACCAAAAGCUCAAGCACAUGGUGAUGGACAAGAUGCAUGCGCGUGCCCGUGGUCCUCGUGCCGUUCUCACGCGCCAGCCCACAGAAGGUCGCUCGCGUGACGGUGGCCUGCGUCUCGGAGAGAUGGAGCGCGACUGCUUGAUUGGCUAUGGUGCCAGCAUGCUUUUGCUCGAGCGCCUGAUGAUCUCCUCCGACAAGUUUGACGUGCACGUUUGCCGCGCGUGUGGCCUUCUCGGCUACGAAAGCUGGUGCCAAUACUGCAAGGCCUCCAGCUCCAUGUCCAUUCUUAGCAUCCCCUACGCGUCCAAGCUCUUGUUCCAAGAGUUGCAGUCGAUGAAUAUUGUCCCGCGGCUCCGUCUUGAGACGUGUUGAGGAGGCGGUUUUUUUUCUUUGUGUGUUUGUGUGCCGUUGUUUUUGCUGGAUUUGUUAUCUGGCGCAAAGUAAUCAAUGCAGUUACUGUUUUAAUUUGUGGUC